AUGUUGUCGGCUCCUGUCAAAUCCGCCAAACGCAUAUCCUCCCUCUUCAAUCUGGGAGGAUCGACCAAGGACCACGGUUCCUCGUCCUCCUCGCCCACGGGCUCCCCAGAUCACAUAGCAGUCGACGCUCCCCGGGGCAGUUCUCGCUCCGCCCGCCAUGUGUCAUCACCACACGUUCUUUCCAGCGAGUCGCGGGCCAGCGGUUCAGGCCCUGCAGAUGACCUGGACUUGAACGAGCCCCUUCCUCCUCCUCCGUCUUUGUUGGCAGUGAACCAGGACCUGGCCAACAGCGCAGGCAAUUCUUCCAAUGGCAGACCACAGAGCAGAGGCAGACCGUCGACAUCGGGAGGCCUGGCCCCUCCGGGGUCACGAUCAGGGUCCCGUCCGGGGACUCCAACGGACCAUAAGAACAAACGCCGCAGCUGGAUGCCCGGUCGGACACGAGCGAGCUCGGUUGAUAACAGACCAAGCGUGCCAAUGCCUGCAGACGUGUCCACUGCGUGGGUGGCUGGGUUGGAGCAAAAGGUCGUCUACGACCUAGGUCCUCUAGCGAGAGGUGAACCGAUUGCGGAACUUUGGAACGAACAGGGAGAUACCUUCGUCUACCUUUUCCCACAGACCACCAAUAGACCUCCCUCCUUCAAGGUCGACUCGUCCGUCUUUGCUGCCUCGCCCUUGUUGACAUAUCUGGCACACGGAAAAGAUCCGAAAAUGGAUAGUUUGAGGCAGUCAACGAAAGACCUGUCCCUUGGAGGACCGGCGUCACCCCCGCUUUCUCCGCAGGAGCGUUUCCCAGACUUCGACACGGAUAGCGCGGGUAGUGGUAGGAUAGAAAUGGUGGACGACGCCGCGGAUGAGCAGCCACUGCAUCUCUAUAUUCCUAUCCCCUUGGAGAGCGACGUCUCAAAUCAGGAACUCAAGUUGACUCCCCAGGACACGGAAAUGUUGCUCGUUAUUCGAAACCUCUUCGCCUUUCUUCUGGGACAGGCUCUGAUUGCGACGCCUGGAUAUCCAGACCUAUUUACCAUCUUUAUGGAGGUGUCCCACCAAUUGACACGGUAUGAAUUCUCCAAUCUUGAUGGCUCGAACUUUGGCGAGACAGCGACAUCGAGUUUCGCCAACUACUGCGACGAGCUACGUCUCGCGGAUGUUAGGCAUAGUCGGGAGAAGACGAUCGAAGCCAUGAUCCUAGGAGAGGGUCUGCGCUACUACCCGCUUUAUCUCGAGGGAUUCGUGCAUGGAGUGGGCAAGCUUGACGAGCUGAAGCAGUUGAAUAGUAUCAAGUACGCGGCCUUGAAUCCUGUGACCAAGAAGAGACUGGAGCGGGGCUACAUGGACUUGAACACCCGCGUCAGGACCAUGAAGUUCAAGCUCGAAGAUUUCGAUUUCCCUUCUUUGUGGGCAGGUAUUGCGAAUUCCAACAUGGCGGCAGAAAGCAAAGUAGUCCGGUUUAAGGCGUGGAAGGCGUCCUUCUUGUCAUUCAGGAAACAUAUCAUGCAGUACUACAGGCAGAAGUUUGGAUCAUGGCCGCCGAAAUCGAACGCGAAAAAGAACGGUAUCGACGACAGUGGCCUUAACCGCCUAAUCCUAAAAGAGUUGUACGAUGAUUUUGCGGAUCUAUAUGAUAUGAUUGUUGAUCGGACUUCUCUCACCACUCGGACUACCGACAGCGCAGGCGACACAUCUGAUUCGCCUGACCAGACGGAGCAGAUAAUCCGGGCCCUGCGGCAGAUGAUGAGCGAGUACGACAGAAGCUCUCCGCCUGUCCUCCCUCCCAUCCCCUUUGACAUACCCCAGUUACCGAAUCUCACGGCUGUCCGACGGAAGCCAAUGGAUGCUAAGAAGGAGGCCAAGGAGCGUACCAAGAGGCUCAAGGAUUCUGAUAUCAACGAGAUCCUAAUGGGCUCUUACACGCGCGAGAGCCUGAAACCGACUCCAUUCGUGGAGAGUUUCAUGCAGUUUGAGCGCCGCUCCGCUCACGGAAAGAGUCUGGACGACAUCUGCGAUCUCCGCUGUGGCCAAUGGCUCUUCCUGUAUGCGGUCAUUCAGGCUCUUCCCAUGCUUGUGGUAGACGCCGCUGACGUGGUAUACACGGAAGGCGUCGAGUACUUCCUGUGCGUGGCACCUCGCGGCGGUGCGCCAUGGAUCCAUAAUGACGGCAAAGCGGCGCGCAGCUGGUUCGGUGUUGCUGGUGGCCAGGGUGUCGUUAGUCUUCCGACCGAUAUUGUCACUAACGGUGUGGAGGGUACCUACCGUCGUAGCCAUUGCUGGCAGGUUGCCAUGCAAUGGGCCGAAACGGACGAGAUCAUGGCUAUGCCCAUGCCGGAUGAUAACGACACCUCGUCUUUCUCGUCGCCUCCUCCCGCUCCUCUAUCGUCAGUCGGCUCAGUCUCAGACGUGCAACCCACUCCACUCCUUUCCCCCGGUAAUCUUCCGAUUCCUCGCUCAACCUCCCCCGCAGGAAGCAUGAGGCAGAGCCGCCGUCUCUCGAUCCAUCCGGGGCUUGAAGCAUUGCCUCUCCCUAUGGGUGUUUCGCCAUUAGAACCGCCUGCUCGUCCAGUCAGCCGUGGAAACCCCGGCAUGAGUUUCGACGAUAUCCUCAAGGAUAUGCCCCAGAAGGGAAAGAAAUAA